CUUAUAAAGGAAGACAAAGACGAAAGUGUGGAUUAUUUUUUUAAAAAAAUUUACAAUGAAGGAGAUGAUGACACAAAGCGCGCCAUGAUUAAGUCUUUCCAAACAUCAGGAGGUAAAGUUUUAUCAACCAAUUGGAAGGAUGUUAAAAAUAAACAAUAUGAACAAGAUAUAUGA